GCUCGACCGAGACCAGAAUCGCUUCGCGCUACGAUUGAGUCGGAUUGCGAUCGCUACGCUACGAGCAGAAUCGCUGCGAGCGGCGCUCGACUCCGCCCGGAACUGGCCGGACGCUAUACGCUGCGGGCGCUACGCGCCCGCAGCGUGUAGGGUCUGAGAUUCGUACUUUCCGGGAUGAGGAGGCGGGACAGGCGGGCGCCCGGUUUUGGUAAGUAUGUGACAGGCGGACCCGGGCCGGAGGCGAUAGGAGGAAUGUGUGACGCAUGCCCCUAAAGGGCAAUGGCGUCCUCACCGUGCUCUGGAGCCUGCGCUCAUCGUCCGAAUAGUUCCGUCCGACCUCAGCCUCUACCUGGUCUCGGUCCCGUGUUUUCACCCAGUUUAAAUAGCGGCCAACCAACUCUACCGCUCUCUCACGUCUACCUUCUGCUCCAUCGUCUGAACCGCCAUGUCUGGAGAAGAGCCACCGAGCACUGACAUUAUCACAUUGACGCGCCAUGUAUUGAGCCAGCAGUUCAAUCUCGGUGCCGUAGCGACCGGUGAUCUCACCCUUCUCCUCACGGCCAUCCAGACGACGUCGAAAUUCAUCGCCACCAACGUCCGGAAAGCUCGUCUGAUCAACCUCAUCGGUCUUGCUGGUGAGACCAAUGUCCAGGGCGAGGAGCAGAAGAAACUGGACGUACUGUCAAAUGACAUCAUGAUCAACUCCCUCCGCGCGUCCGGGAAGACUGCCGUGCUCGUCUCCGAGGAAAACGACGAAGCCGUCAUCAUCGAGGACAAGCACAAGGGAAACUAUUGCGUCGUGUUUGACCCGCUAGAUGGCAGCAGCAACAUCGACGCCGGUGUAAACAUUGGUACCAUCUUCGGUAUCUAUCGUAUCAAGUCUGGCUCAGUAGGAACCAUCGACGAUGUCCUGCGACCCGGAAGCGAGAUGGUCGCGGCAGGUUACACCAUGUAUGGUUCGUCGGCGAACAUGGUGCUUACAACUGGCAACGGUGUCAAUGGCUACACACUCGACCCCUCGCUCGGCGAGUUCAUCCUGACCCACCCGGACAUCAAGAUCCCGCCUCGGGGCAAGAUCUAUUCCUUCAACGAAGGCAACGCAAUGUACUUCCACGAGCCCGUCAACAAGUACCUGCACAGCAUCAAGUACCCCGCCUCGGGCAAGUCCCCGUACAGCGCGCGGUAUAUCGGCUCCAUGGUGGCUGAUGUGCACCGGACGCUGUUGUACGGAGGUAUCUUUGGCUACCCCGACGACAAGAAGUCCAAGAGCGGCAAGCUUCGUAUGCUGUACGAGGCUUUCCCCAUGGCCUUCUUGACCGAGCAGGCGGGGGGUCUUGCCACCACAGGCACGAAGCGCAUCCUCGACAUCACGCCAACGAGCAUCCACCAGCGCUGCUCUGUGUUCCUCGGCAGCAAGGAGGACGUCCAGGACUUGAUGAAGUUCUACCAGCAGGGCAAUAGUGAGGCGUAAAGGAAUAUGCAGGAACAACGAUCGUGUAUACCAGUCGUAUGUAGUCAACUGAAGUGCAGCUGUACUAACUUUCAAUGUAUCAACAACGACAUACUAUUGGCUGCCUUACGUGCAAGAGAGCGACAGCGGCCUUAGCGCCAGAUGGAUAUCGAUAUGGAAGAGCGCACUACGCACAUUAGCCUCUCGAGGGUAAUUGUACUCAGUGGCGACGUAUACGACCCGCUGCCCGCAGCUGUAUUGCGGUACCUGCGUGUGAGACUAUACCUACAAGUGGUCAAAACAGCGCACUGUCGAGCUGUGUUGAGAAUGCGGCGUAGGCAGCUGGUACGUAUGAUGGACG